AAUUCGUAAUUCUGUCUAGUGGCAACGCUGAAAAAUUUCAAACAGCUGUUAUUGUAUCAAAAUGUGUGCAGCGGCUCUUUUACAUAGUACAAAAACAUUAAUUAAUUUUAGAUUAAAUACCGGCUUAGCCAUUAAACGAUUAAUAUGCUCUAGCUCUACGCAAUAUCAAAAGAGAACUUCCAGCGAUGUGGAAAGAAAACUGUUACACAAGGAUAAAUUGCCAGAGAGCAGCUAUCAAUUAAUUUACCGGGCACCCAUUGAAUACUAUGUGACCUGGACGAAAAAUAUAUCUACUUUAACAGUGUCGGUGAUUGGUUUAGUCGCUGCCUAUCAAUUUGCCACAAAUAUGAACUUUAUCAACCUGGCAAGGAAAAUUGACUUGGCCACGCUAGUAUCGCAUGAAACCGAUUUGUAUUUCUUUCUCUCGGGAUUUGUACUGAUCAACCUGGCCAUUCGCAUUUUUGUGGCUAAAUAUCCCUUAAGGAUUUACAAAAGCAAUGACAAAUAUGUUGCUGUUUAUGGCUCUCAGAUGCCGUUGGGCACCGUAAAGCAUUUUUUCAACCGUGGAGAGAUAGCAGAAUACACAAAUUUCUUAAACCCAUGGAGUCAUAUUAUGUUUAAAUUGGGUAACCGCACAUCCAUGCUGUUAAUUGACUAUUUCAAGACGCCUUCUGAGUUUCACAAGCUAUUUGAUGAUCCCAAACAAAAUUGAAUAAAAAUACUUUUUUAAAAACGAAA